UUCAUCUCAGAGUGACUUGUGAGGUAUUGCUGAGCACAUAAUGGUCAGGAUAGCUGCAUAAGCAGGCGUGGCCCCAAAUGUAGUCACCUGACUUCAGAAAAUCAAAUUGGAUUCUACAGAAAGGUUCUGUUGGAUUCUGACCGGAACCUCUUUGGAUGUGCCUUUGGAUUUCAAGAUUGAGCCAAGUGUUGACGUGGGAAGAUGCUCCGGUUCCUCCAGUUAUCUCAAAGAAGCUCAUUACCUUGCUAAGGAAUAGCAUACAGUGAAGACAGUCAGUGAGAACCAGAGCUAUUGUUACAACUGACAGCAGCCAGCUCAGGAGGCAGAGGACGAGAGCGAUCGGGCUGCACACACAUGGAUGAGGCUGAUUUUUCAGAACACACAACUUAUAAGCAGGAGGAUUUGCCUUAUGAUGGGGACUUCUCUCAGAUUGAGAUAUGCAAUGAUUACAGUUUUACCUCAAAAAAGGAUGGCCUUGAAGUCUUAAAUCAAAUUAUUUUCAUAGCAGAUGACCCUAAAGAGAAGGCUACGCAUAAUGAGACUUGUGGAAAUACAGCUAUGACCAUACCCCUGGGUAAAAUUACUGAAAAUGCUGCCAACAAAAAAGACGAGAAAGAGAAACAAUGCACUGCAGCUCUUCAUAUUCCAGCAAAUGAAGGAGGCGCUUCUAAGUCAAGCAUUUCUGAUAUUUUACUUCAUCAUCUUUCCAAAGAGCCAUUCUUAAGAGGUCAAGGCAUUGAUUGUGAAACCCUCCCAGAGAUCUCAAAUGCUGACAGUUUUGAAGAGGAAGCUAUUGUUAAAAGUAUUAUUUCAUGUUAUAAUAAGAAUUCUUGGCCAAAAGAACAAACCCCAGAACUCACUGACCAACUCAGCCCCAAAAGGGAUGGUGAAAACAGCAAUAAGCCUGGUUCUCCCACCACGACAGAGGAAAAUACCUCUGAUUUAGAAGAGCCAGUGGCUGCUGGAGAUAGCAGCCCUCAAGAAAAUGUAAAUGUUCUAACUAAAACCAAGGGUCCAGGUGAUAAACAAAAAAGUUAUCAAGGGCAGGCAUCCCAGAAACAGCAGACUGAAAAAGCAAGUUCGGGCAACAGGUUCAAAUAUGGCCAAGGUCAAGUUCAUUACCAGCUCCCUGAUUUCUCUAAGAUUGCUCCCAAAGUGAAAAUUCCUAAAAAUAACAUAACUAAUAAACCACUUGCAAUAGCUAAACAAGCCAGCUUUUCUUCCCAGUUGAGAGAUAAACCCGCUCUUGUGCAAGAUAUUUUAGAAACCACGUCUGAGUCAAACUGUGUUGAAAAACAACAUCAAGAGCAGAAAGGGAAAAUCUCUGAACCUUCACAACAAAUCCAGAUGGAGCCCACAGUACAUAUCCACCAAGAACUUCUCACAGGAAUAGAAUCUGAGGCAAGUCUCUCUAAGUUGUCACCAACCUCUCAGAAAGUCACUUCCUCAAGUUCUUCUUACAUAUUUCAAAAGAUAUCCCAAGGGAAACAGAUGUGUCAGAAGUUAAAAGAACAGACUGAUCAACUGAAGACUAAAGUACAAGAAUUUUCCAAAAGAAUAAAACAGGACUCUCCUUAUCAUUUGCAAGACGAGAAGCUGGUCCUGGAGAAACUGCAGGGACACCUUGAACUGUUGGAGCAGAACUUUCUGGCCACCAAGGACAAGCAUCUGACUUUGCAGCAGCAAGUCCACAAGCACGAAUCAACAAUCGUUGGUGACUUUGAUCCAGAAAGAAAAGUGGAAGGUGAAAUCUUCAAGUUGGAGAUGCUACUUGAAGAUGUUAAAGAGAAAAUGGAUGAAAGCAAAUAUACUUCAGCUCCUGCCCUUCCUGUGAGUUCUCCAGUUACCCUGGAUGACUUGGCCUCCACCUCCUCUUCACUCUCAAAUGAGAUUCCCAAGGAGCACCCUGGCCACCCUUCUGGGCCUCGAGGCUCAGGUGGGAGUGAGGCAACAGGGACACCCCAAGGAGGGCCGCAGGAGGCCCCCAAUGAGGAUCUCUGUGAGCUGGCUCUGCAGACUUACCUAAACAGUCAUUAUGGAGAUGCAGCUGCCCAGAACAAGCCAGACCAAGUGGCCAUGAGGCUGUCUUCUAACUCUGGGGAGGACCCCAAGGGCACUCCAGGAAGGCAGGAUUGUGCAGAGACGACGGCACCCAGUCCGAGCUGUGCCUUCUGUCGCAGGCUCCUUGAAUGGAAGCAAAAAGUGGAGAAAAAGGGCCACAGAAGGAUCAACUGUGGAAGAUUUUCAAUUGUCCUUCAUGAAAAGGCACCACACUCAGAUUCAACUCCCAAUUCUGAUACAGGACACAGCUUCUGUUCUGAUUCUGGCACUGAAAUGCAGAGUAACAAAUGUCAGGACUGUGGCACUAAGAUUCCUACCUCCCAAAGAGCCUGCAGGAAAGAACCAACUAAAGAAUUUCAUUAUAGGUACAACACUCCAGGACAGAAUUACUCAAAUCAUAGCAAAAGAGGUGCCUUUGUCCAGCCCCAUUCUUUAGAUGAAAGUAAAAACUCUUCACCCUCCCUGGCCUCUCCAUUCUGCUGCCCAGGUCUUGUGCGCUCACCUGACACUUCCAAAUCCAGCCCUACACCUGGAUGGCAAGAGGCUGAGCUGGGGCUGGAAAAUAUGAAAUCGCAGUGACCAAGGACUUUGAAAGUAAUUAAGGGCUACACCAGUGCAAAUUGGUAGCAACCCAUAAAUGUUUGCUGAACAAAUAAAUGACUUACUGGAUAAUCACUACUAUUAUUGUUGCUAUUCAGAGGUGGCUAAUGCUUUACAUAUAUCCCUACUAAAAGACAGCAUGUAGAGAAGUAGACUAUUUUUACACUCCAUAGACAUCAUGUUGCUAACUUCCAAUGCAAAAAUUUGCUGUCUUUGAAAAAAAAUUAAAACCCUACAAACACAUAUUUCAAAAGAUGAAUGGCAUGACUGCUCUUUCCCAGGCUCUUGAAAGAAAGGAACUCAUACCCAAAUAAGGAAAGCUCAAAGCAAAAUGGGGUAAGUUCUAAAAGCAGGGCAAAGUGUGCCAAGGGAACAGGAAGGAGGGAAGGAAAUACUCCUAGUUUUACUCCUGAACAACAGCUAUACCUGAUUCUCUGAGAGGUGCUACAUCUUGCCGUCAUACCUUCAGAGCUCUUCCUCUCCUUCUCUGGGAGAGGGCACCAAGAAUGUUUCUUAUUUUUCAUGAUGGCCGGUGCCCAAGACUUAAGAAUGUCAUUUACCUGACUGACCUCAGCUGUGUCUCCCCUCCCCACCUCCAGCUGCCACAUCCUCCAAUUGCAUGUAUUCUUUUGAAGUGACAGUCACUAAGACUGGAGAAGCCACGGGGCAGAUUUCUUCACUAUCUCCUUGGUCUUGAGGUCUACAGCCUGUGACACUAGUCAUGCCAGUAUAUGAACGAGGGCUGCAGUGGAUUCAUCCACAAUGUGAUCUUGAACUUCAUUAGCUAACUAAGGGGGUAGAAGUCAUAAGGAGGCAGCUUUCCCUCUAGGUUACAAAGACCCUUACAGCAGUUGGAGCAGACAGAAAAUGGAGGGGGCUGAGGCAGGGGGUUGUGAGCUCAUCUGUGGACCAGAAGGCAAUGGACUUUGUCUGGAAGCUGUAGAUCUGUACACUGGACUAGAACUGGACCAGGUGACACUGUGGUGCUUACUAACUCUGAGUUUCCAGUAAAAUCCAAAAUUACAUUUGGAGACUACCAAAGAAUCAAGAUUGAGCUCAU